AUUAACAGUAAUAUUUUUGUCGCCUGAAACCUUGUUUUCGGCGAAUUUUCAUUCAGUGCCAAAUUAUGUCUGAUACUGUAGCACAGUGGGAAGUAUCACUAAGCGAUGGUGUACAUAAGAUAGAGUUUGAACAUGGCACAACGACAGGAAAACGAGUGAUCAGAGUAGAUGGGCAAGAUAUAUACAGACAAGAGUGGAUGUUUAAAUUAGUGGGCAAAGAACAUUUUGAUCUUGGUAAAGCUAAAUUAGUAAUUAGUAUCGAUGCAGUCAGUGGAUUUGCGUAUGAAUAUACUCUGGAAGUAAAUGGGAAACCAUUACAAAAAUUCCGCGAGAAUCAGAGUAAGAUUAUGAAGUCAUGGGUUUUAACGAUAGCUGGUAAUCCUAUGAGAGUUGUUCUUGAAAAAGAUACGUUAGAUGUUUGGGUUAAUGGAGAUAAAAAAGAUACGGCGGGUGAAUUUGUUGACGAUGGAACAGAAACACAUUUUGAAAUAGGAGCACAUUCUGCAUAUAUAAAAGCAGUUAGCAGUGGAAAGCGAAAAAGUGGCAUUAUACACAAACUUUUUGUCGAUGAUAAUGAGAUUCCAGAAGCAAAGGAGUAGAAAAUCAUUUUAAUUUAUCUUCAUUCUUACAUCCAUCCCAUCAACAUGUUGAUCAUUGAUUUUAUGUAUUUCACAUCUAAAAUGCAAAAUGGAUUGGAUAUGAUCUGAUUUACUGUCAUGUUAACAGCUGAAGUUUUCAUAUUUGCGACGUAUUGAAAUAAUCAAAAGUUUUAACAAUUUUAAGUAUAUAUUGAUAAGUCCCCAUAUUCCUUUUCUUAUGGGACUAAAGUUUUUGAUUUAUUUAUAUAAUUUAUUUUAUUAUAUAUUUUUUUGCUACUCAAUUUUUCCCCUUAAUAAAAAAAACAAAUGAAAAUUAAUAGGAUUUUUCCAGAAAUAAGGAAUUGUAUGAACUUCUGAUUAUCUAAUUUGGAACCAUUUUUGUCUUUCGAUUUUUGUAAUCAUGUAUUUUAUGUAAUUUUAAAGCAUAAAUUAAGUGGUUGCAUAAUCUUUAUUUAAUAUGUGUCUGGUAUUAAAGUUGUUUCCACCAUGCCAAACCUGAAGUAGAACUCAUUUUACCUUUAAUUAACAAAUGAAGUUUCUGGCUUUGAAACUGUCAAUCACUGUUUAUAAACAAAACCAUGUGGCUUUAGAUGAAUGCGCUAAGAAAGGUGUUGGAACAAAGACCAUUAUAGAAUGUUCACUGCUUUGUUUGUUUACAAUGGAUGACAGUUCCCUCACGACACCACAACUUUUGUGUUAAUCUCUUGGAAACAAAAUAAUUGUAUUUGGGGUUGAACAUGGUUAAAAUAAUUUCAACACUAGAUAUAAGUAGAAUAUAAAGAAUCUGCAAGUAGCAGUAGCCAAAAACCGCUUUUAAUAUAUUUUUAUGGGAUGAUGAUGGGAAAUAUACCUCAUAAAAUAUCACAAGAUUAACAAAUUUAGCCAUCAUGAUGAAAAUUGUGAGGUGUAGGAAAAUUGUAGUUUUAUAAUUGCACUGUGAGAUGCAUAAUAAUGGAAUUAUACCCAUUUAUAUGAGUUUCAUCUUUUAAACAUCAUACUUAGCUGAAAAUAUUCUUCUAAGAAGUAUACAUUGUCAUAUUUAAUGUAAAAUUAACAUUCCAUUCUAGUGUUAUCCAUGUGGCUGUCCAUCUGUCUGUCCAUCACACUUUUUUUGGACACAAUAACUCUCCUUCUAAUUGGAGCUAAAAUGUUCAAACUCUGUGUAGGUGUUUAUUAGAUGAAUGCCUUGAUGGAGUUCGAAGAUGAGCAUUUUCAGCUUAGGGUAAACAGAUAAGCAAUUUGAAUGGUUGAUACUUUGGGACAUAAUAACUUUAGUUCUAAUUAAGUAGGGGGGGUGGAUGGCCGAAUGGUUAGCAUGUGCACGCUGUAUCAUAAAGCCUGUCAUUGAGUCAACUGGCGUGGUUUCGAUUCCCCAGUUGUACGUGACAAGGAGUAGGGUUGUCUUUCCAACCUCGUGGGUUUUCUCCGGGUCCUCCGGUUUUCAUUCUACUGCUAAAGACCCCUACGCGCAAGUGAAUUAUUGAAAUAAAAUUGAACAAUGUAUUAGUCCCAAAAUGACCUAGUUUGCAUCGAGGGGACAUUAAACCCCAUUUCUGUCUCUUUAGUGUGCCUGCUUAUAGUGUACCAGGUUGAUCUUGGCAUAUUGUUGUGAACAUAAUUGUUGCGACCAAGGGCAGAUAAUUUAAAUAUAUACCCUAUGGAUGAACCCAGGGUAUAGUGGAGUAGAACGGAAUGAGACCACUGGAGAUACCAAGGAUGGUUGCUUAUACCAUGGACAUAAAUACUUAAGAGCUUAUUAUACUUUGAAAAAGUUAUGUAGACAAAAACGUGGCAAAAGUACAAUUUUGCUUUGUCGUGCUCUUUUUUGAAGGAUUUGUAUGUUAAGUUUUACUAUUGUCUGUUUCAAGUGACACUACGACUGGAAAAUGUCUUGCCAUUUCUUCAAUUUUUAAUUUAAACGGCUAAAACUUAGUGACAUACCUGGAAUUGUCAUCCCUUUGUUUUUUAACACCAGGGAACCAAUUUCAGAUCAAGCUAUAUAAUCCCUCUCGCUUGAGAAAUCGUGGUUUGUUUACUUCGCUAGUUAUCUGGAACAGUCCAAGAGAACCAGAUGUUUUGUUUGGCUUUGAGUCAUUUUGUGGAUGUUAAGGUGGUUGUUCAACCCAGUAGAAUAUAAUACAAAAUUGCUAUUUAUGACGACAUGUUUCAAAACCUUACAAAGUCUGGAGGCUCAGUGCGGGUCAUCAAAUGGGCACAAAACCAGACCCAACUUUUCUACAGUAUUUCUUUGUGUAGAAUUUGAUGCUGAGUGGUAAUCAGUCCGCCGUUGGGGCAUUAUCGAGAUACUCGGUGUCAAAGGUCAAAUGAGGUCAUUUACACUGAAAGUGAAUACAAAGCCAUUCUUGUAUCAAAAACAUGCUGAAAAUGAUCGAAACUAAUCACUCUUUCAAUAAAAAUGUAAACUUGCUAAAUUCACCUUUGUUCAAGGUCAAGUUUUCCGUUUUUGCACUAGCAUGGAUUUAGUUGUUCAAGUUAUCAAAAUUCAUUGAAAAUCAAUGUACUUGUUCGUCUCAAGACCUUAAACUCUGUUUAUCAAUCUGAAGUCCAUCGGAUAUUAACUUUAGCCUCAAGAGCGUCCACAAUUGCUUCUGGACGCCGGACGGAAAGACAGACGGGGGCGAUGACAAUAUAGAACCACAUUUCAAUGUGGGCGUAUAAAAAUUGAAGAAAUGGAAGCAAUUUUAUGAGUCAGAGUACCUCCUGGAGCAGACAGUAGCCUAAUUAAUCUUAAGCAUUUAAGAGGAACAAACAUUUUUAUAUAUUUAAUACUAUUUGUGACAAAAGUUUAUAUUCUUGCCUUGCUCAGUAAUUAAAAUUAUCCACAGAUCUUUACAUGUGUUCUGAGGGUUGGAGCCAUUCUCUCUCAGAAAUUGUUUAUUGAAUGAAUCCGUCCAAAGUAGCAAUUGUCAUACUGAUUAUGCCAUAAUAUACAUUUAAUAAAGGAAUAUUUUUAUCGUAGAAAAUCAUUAAUGUAUAAACAUAAUUUCUUUUGUUUAUUUGGUUGACCAGAUGGCCUUUUAUUUAUUGUGUUAUGUUUGAGAGCAUGUGUACUGUGUUUAAACCUAUCAAGUGUA